GAUCGGCUGAUCGAUCAACCCCACCGUGCACUUCACUCCUAGACGAUCCCGCCCUUUUCCCAGUCAACCCUCUCGCAACCGUUGACUCGCCGCCAACUUCAUGACUUCAUCAACGACUUCAUCUUCUUCCUUGAAAAUUCCUCCCCCUACUUCCUUUCCCUUUCCCCUCCAAUAAUGGCGUUGCGACCCCAAUUACCAAUCCCCGUCUCCACCACCUUCCAUCAAUUCUUCCUCACUCUCACUUUUCUCUCUCCCCGCCACCACCACAAUGAACUCCAUCUUCCUCUCAAUCGUCGCCGCCGUCGUCAGUUUCUUCUUGAUAACCCUAAUCUUCGGAUUCUUUUACUUCCUCUGUAAAUCCCUGAAACGCCGCCGUCGCACCCACCACCAUCACAUCCCACAAACCCGAGCCGUCCGUUCCGUACCGCCGGCCACGGCCGGCCGCGGCGGCGAACUCUCCUCGGUCACAAUCGACGAGAGCGCCUCCUUUGACCCGAGUCUGAACCGGGUCUCCAUGGAGGAGCUGAAGCUCGCCACCAAGAACUUCUCCUCCGAUCUCAUCAUCGGCGACGGCAGCUUCGGCUAUGUGUACAAAGCCAGCCUCUCCGACGGAGUCACCGUCGCGAUCAAGAAGCUCGAUCCGGACGCCUUCCAAGGGUUUCGGGAGUUCCGGGCAGAGAUGGAGACUCUCGGGAAGCUCCGCCACCGGAACAUCGUCAAGAUGCUCGGCUACUGCGCCUCCGGGUCGGAUCGGGUCCUGAUUUACGAGUUCCUGGAGCGGGGCAGCCUGGACCAAUGGCUGCACGACACGUACUCCCCCGUCAGCAAGGAACGGUCCGACGACUCCGUAGCGUCCGUCAAGCUGCUGCCGUUAUCUUGGGAGACGAGGAACAAGGUCGUUCGCGGCGUGGCGAAUGGGCUAAUGUAUUUACAUGGGCUCGACACCGCCAUUAUCCAUAGGGACAUCAAGGCCAGCAAUGUGCUGCUGGACUUGGACUUCGAGGCCCAUAUCGCUGAUUUCGGGCUCGCGCGGACGGUCGACGCGUCGCAUUCCCACGUGUCCACACAGGUCGCCGGGACGAUGGGGUACAUGCCGCCGGAGUACAAGGACGGCGUGAUGGCGGCGACGGUGAAGGCGGAUGUUUACAGUUUCGGGAUACUCAUGUUUGAGAUUGCCACUGGGGAGAGGCCCAACUUGCCGAUGGUGUUCAACGGCAAGGAGAUGGGCUUGAUUGAGUGGGCUCGGAAGAUGAUGGCCCACAAUCGUUACGAGGAGAUGUUGGACGGGAGCAUGCCCGAGAAAGAGAAAGAGAAAGGGUUGUUGAGUGAAGAGAAAGUGAAGGAGUAUUUCAGCAUUGCUUGCAAGUGUUGCAAUGAAACAAAUGCAGACAGGCCAACCAUGGCUGAGGUUGUGGACUUGUUGAAUAGACUUUCUUCCUAGACCAAGUUACUGAGGGGCUACUACUCUGUAAUUGUAUAUUUUUUAAUGUUCUUACUACCUAUUGAUAU